CCGAUUCGCCUGCCGAUUCAGAGCAUCAAAAAAGUCCAACGCAGCGACGCGGCGACGCGGCAUGGCCGCGGCCGUGGGGGCUGCCUCCCUGGAUGGCGUCGUGCACGCGGACGCCGUCGUCGUGCCGCGUAGGCUGCCCCUGCAAGGAGGCUCAGAGCCAGAGAUCCUGGAGGGCAUCUGCGGUUCGUCGGCCGGCGCGGAGGCCGUGCGCGCGGACGCCGGCGAGGCCGGCGAGGUCCCGGGGCUGCCCCGACGUCCCGAGCUCGGCUGCGCCGGCGGUAUCGACGGCGUGGCCGUGGACGCGGACGCCGGCGAGCUGGCCGCGGGCCCGUUUCCCGUGACGCCCGACGCGUCGAGCGCGUCGAGCUGGUCGACCUCGUCGCUCUCGUCCCUGUCGUCGACCGACGAGGUGCCCGUGGCCGACGCCGUCAUCCCGCGGCUGACGCUGGCAAGUGUCGCCGAAACCAAAACUUUUAGGGUCGACGUGGGACGGGAGCCGCUGCUCGUGGAGUUCGAGAUCAACGGCACGCGCGCGCUGGCCGUCGGGCCGACGUCGCCGCUCGCGGGUAUUGUAAGGGCGGGCGACGUUUUGGUAGGAGUCAACGGGCGCGCCGUGAGCGGCGCGUCGCUCAUGAAGGUCUUAUAUGUGGAAUAUAGGAGGAGACGUAGGAGGCGCCUCGAGUGGCGCCGCGCCGCGCCGCGCGGCCGCUAUGCGGUGGAUGCGCCGCCCGGGUCGCUAGGUCUCACGCUCGGCUGGGCGAACACGGAUUUCGCGUCCGUCGUCGCCGUCUCACAAAAAUCGCGGCUGUACGGCGUCGUCUGCGUGGGCGACGCGCUCCAGGGUGUGGAUGGAGUCGAGUUCUCUUCCUUAGAUAAUUUGCUCGCGACGCUCGAGUACAAGGCGGCCUCGACGAAGCGGCUGACCUUUGCCCGAGGCGACCGCGAGCCGCCGCCCCCCAGGCCGCACGCCGUCGAGAAGGUCUACGAGACCGUGGAUGUGGUCGUUUCAUCAAAAACGUUGAGCAGAGUCAAGCUCGACGAAGUUAAGAGGAUAGGAGGCUUCGCCGUCGUCGCGAAGGCGCCCAAGUCCGGGGGCAUUUGCGAAGGCGACGUCGUUGUGGCCGCCCUCGACUCUGAUGAAGAGCCCAUCGACGUUUCGUCGACGCACGUGAUCCAUCGGUUAAGGGCCGCUGCUCGCAAAGCGCCCUUCGUCGGCAAGACGGCCGAGCGCGCGCCCAUCACGGUUACGGUGAGACGCCCCGGCGCCUACGCCAUCGCCGCGCCGCCGGGCCGCCUCGGCCUCACGUUCAAUUUCGUGCCCCUGAAGGCCCGGCCGUCGGUGGCCAUCCGCGUCCAGGGCUUCCGCGACGUUUUUACCAAUGCGCAGGAUAAGUCUGUGAGGGACCCCUACACGCGCAUCGACUGCGUCGUCGAGACCGUCGCGCCGACGUCGCCGCUGCGCGGCUUGGUCAACGCGGGCGACGUGCCUUGGAGUGUGAACGGCGAGCCCGUCUCGUACGAAGCGAUCCGCGCCGUCCUCGAGAGCGCGGACGACGGCCGGUCGCCGCGGACGCUGGUGUUCCGCGAGCCGCGCGAGCGCAUGUACGAGGCGCCGCGCGACGACGAGCGCGGCCUGCCGCUCGCGCGCGCGGCCGUCGUCGCAGCACACUGAAUUCAUACUCAUAGU